AUGGGAAAGCAAGGAAAGAGAAAGUUGAAGGGUGACGCAGGUGACACAAAGAUUCAGAGGCGCUUGAGCAAGCGGAGAAGGGCGACCAAAAAGGGCAACCCAUCAGAUGAUGAAGGUCUCGGUGACGAUGAGAACCUGACUGCUGCAGACCUUGAUGUGGAUGCUGUCAAAGCAGAGGCAGCUGCACAAGCUGAGCAAGAGAAGGAUGCUCCACAGGAUCAACAGGAAGAACCGCCAGAAAAGGCUGAUCCGUAUCUCAUGGCAGACGCAACGUACAUCCAAAAGGAUACGCGUUGGCGCAACAAGCAGCGAGCCUUGGUCUUUUGCAGCCGUGGCGUCACUGCAAGGUUUCGGCACCUCUGCGACGACAUUCGCAAGAUGUUGCCGCACCACAAGACGGAGCCGAAGUUUGAGAAAAGAUCCAAUUUCAACGAGAUCAACGAGAUUUGCGAGUUGAAGAAUUGUAACAACGUGGUUUUCUUUGAAGCUCGGAAGCGCGAAGACUUGUACAUGUGGGUUGGCCGAGUUCCUUCCGGGCCCAGCAUAAAGUUCCAGGUGCUCAACGUUCACACAACACAAGAGGUAAGGCUGGCUGGAAAUUGUCUUCUGGGCUCACGCCCAAUUCUGUAUUUUGACAAGAACUUCGGCCAGCUCUCUUACUUGAAGCUCAUGAAGGAGUUGUUUAUUCAGGUCUUUGGGACUCCUCGGAAUCAUCCCAAGAGCAAGCCAUUUCACGACCACAUUAUGUGCUUCUAUUGGCUUGAUCGUAAGAUUUGGUUCAGACAUUAUCAGAUCUCUCCAGAGACACCAGACGACGCGGACAAGCCAGAAAAGCAGGUUCUAACAGAGAUUGGGCCACGCUUCGUCUUGGAUCCCAUCCGCAUUUUCGCUGGGAGUUUCAGUGGACAGACCUUGUAUCUUAAUCCACACUACAUGACCCCUACAGCUUUACGGGUGCAGGCACGAAAGUUGCUGAAGAAUCCCUAUGUGAAGAAGCUGGAAGACAAGGAGAAGUUGAAGCAGAGAAAGGAGGAGAAUGAGCUUUCGGAAGACCCUGUAGAUGAGACAUUCGAGUGA